CCCCGUUUCUGUCCCUUCUGGCUCGCCGUAGCGGCCCCAGGAGAGAGCGGCAUUGUGCUGUUCCCCCCCGGCCCUUAGCGCAUGCGCCACCGCCCAUUCCCCCCCGCCUGGCGGCUACGGAGCUGCCGCCGCUUCCCCCCUCCCCGGCCCUGCUCCCCGCCGAGGAGGAGGCGGCGCCCCGCCCCCCGAAAGCUGCCUCUUGUUCCUGUGCCGAAUGAAGAAUAACAUUGUCCUAAACAGAGCCACACACUGAAAAGCUGAUGUACAGUUUCCAAAGAUCUCUUCCAAAAUUUCCUACCAGUGGCUCAUCUCCACCGAAGAGAACUCUAGUGUAGAUAAGACACAGGUUUGUGUUAUUAGAGCAGUUCUUUUGGUGUGAAAGGCUCCCUUUUGAAGCAGCACAUUCAUUCAUUGCUUCAAGCACCAUACAUCUGACUUGCUAGCUUGAGAACCAUGGCAACAGAAGAGAAGAAACCAGAUGCAGAAUCCACCAAAACACAAUCUACUCCUUCCUCCUCAACCAAUCAGACCAAGCCGGCACCUGUAAAACCAAACUACGCUCUAAAGUUCACAUUAGCAGGACACACUAAAGCGGUUUCGUCAGUAAAGUUUAGUCCCAAUGGGGAGUGGCUGGCCAGUUCCUCGGCUGACAAACUUAUUAAAAUUUGGGGAGCAUAUGAUGGCAAGUUUGAAAAAACAAUAUCUGGACACAAACUGGGUAUCUCUGAUGUAGCAUGGUCAUCAGAUUCCAACCUUCUUGUCUCUGCCUCCGAUGACAAAACUCUCAAAAUUUGGGAUGUGAGCUCGGGCAAGUGUUUGAAGACACUGAAGGGGCACAGUAACUAUGUCUUCUGCUGCAACUUCAACCCCCAGUCCAACCUCAUUGUUUCAGGCUCGUUUGAUGAAAGUGUGAGGAUAUGGGAUGUGAAAACAGGGAAGUGCCUCAAGACGCUGCCUGCGCAUUCUGACCCAGUUUCAGCUGUGCAUUUUAAUCGUGAUGGGUCCCUGAUAGUGUCAAGUAGCUAUGAUGGUCUCUGUCGAAUCUGGGAUACAGCAUCAGGCCAGUGCUUAAAAACAUUGAUUGAUGACGAUAACCCUCCUGUGUCUUUUGUGAAAUUCUCUCCAAAUGGCAAAUACAUACUAGCAGCAACUCUGGACAACACACUGAAACUUUGGGACUAUAGCAAAGGAAAGUGCCUGAAAACAUACACAGGUCACAAGAAUGAGAAAUACUGCAUCUUUGCAAACUUCUCCGUCACUGGUGGAAAGUGGAUUGUGUCUGGUUCAGAGGACAACCUGGUUUAUAUUUGGAACCUCCAAACAAAAGAGAUUGUACAGAAAUUACAGGGACACACAGAUGUUGUGAUCUCAACAGCUUGUCACCCAACAGAAAACAUCAUUGCAUCAGCGGCACUAGAAAAUGACAAAACAAUUAAACUGUGGAAGAGUGACUGUUAAACACUUUCAGUAUCACUUUAGAGACUGCCAGGAAAAUUGUGGGUUUGUGGUUUUUUUUUUUUGUUUUUUGUUUUUUUUUUAAAUCCCCCCUCCCUAUCACCAUGAGAAUAAUAAUGAGAUAAAACCCAGGUUGGCAGGAAACCUGAAGAAUAUUUGAGAAAGCGGUUUCUGUUAGUCUUGACCCAAAGAGAAUGUCUUAGCUUGUUGCUAGAGCCGGGCAAUGUGGUGGAAAAAAGAAGCAGUCUCUCCUUUUCGUGCCUGAUCACUUGGCAGACAAACGGAUCGUUCUAACAUCGCAUUAGGAGUAUCAGCCUUGAAUUGAAAGCCCCAGAGAUACUGUACUUUGUGGUGAAGGUGGCAUUGCUCCUUGGCUGUCUUGUUGCUGCUUAAGGAGCUGUUGGUCUGUUUUGUACCAGUAAGUUAAGUCGUAAUACUAGAAAUACUUGGAAUUUUUUAAAAAUGUCUAAUUUUUAUUUUUUUUAUUUUUUUUGCAGACCGGUAGGUUCUAGUCUAUCAGAAGUGUCUCUUUAUUGUUUUGAAUAGGAGUGCUGCAUCUUUAAGGAUGCCCCAUUUUAAACACUCAGCUCAAACUUUGUGACCAAAUAAAACCAUCCAAUUCCAGAGUUCCCUUUCCUGCCCCAACUUCAGACUCCUGUGGUGAAAUAUCUACUCUUUCUUCUGUAUAGUUGCUGACCUCUCAUUACAUGUGUUUAAUAGAUGCUGUUAUAGAACAAAGUUGCAGCUUUUUUUUUUUCCUGUUAACCAUUAAAACGAUUCCUGCUUGUA